AGGCCCCUCCCGGGGCCGGGCGCCCCUCCUCCGCCAGGCUGGCCGUGUGCCGCUGCCCCCAGAGCCGCAGGAGCAGCCCGGCGGCGAGCACAGGGUCGCCAUGGCCGGCACAGUGGCAGACCUGGUGUACUGGCGGGACACCCGCAAGUCGGCCUGCGUGUUCACCGCCCUGAUGGUGGCGCUGCUCUGCCUGCUGCACUUCAGCAUCGUCAGCGUGGCCGCCUACGUCUCGCUGGCCGCCCUCAGCGUCACCGUCUCUCUCAGGGUUUACAGCAAGGUGCUCCAGGCCAUCCACCGGGGAGAGGGGAAGAACCCCUUCCAGGCCCAGAUCGACGCCGACCUGGGGCUGCCGAAGGAGCAGCUGGAGCACCUGACGGAGCGGGUCGUGUUCUACGUCACGUCGGGCACCAAGUCCCUGCAGCGCCUCUUCCUGGUGGAUGACAUGGUAGAGUCCAUCAAGUUCGCCUUCUUCUUCUACAUCCUCACGUACGUGGGAGCCGUCUUCAAUGGGCUGACCCUGCUUAUCCUGGGUGUCAUAAGUGCAUUUACCUUCCCUCUGCUGUACAGGCAGCAUCAGGCGCAGAUUGACCAGUAUGUGGGGCUGGUGAGGAACCAGCUGAGCAACCUCCGAGCAAAGAUGCUGUCGAAGCUGCCAACAGCCAAAGCAAAAGCAGAAUGAACGACCCCCGUCUCCCCCGGCAGACACACACGCUCCCUGCCCCCGUCCUUCCACUCACUCUCCCAAGCGCCCGGCACGAAACUCCUCCUCGCCAAGAAGAGGCCCACGCUCACUGCCCCCGCCCUGCACAAGCAGACGGCCCCCGUCGCCAGCGGGCCUGCGCUUCCGCCCGGUCCCCUCCCGACCGAGGGUCCGAGAAGCGGGGCAGGGACAGGCAGAAGCCCCUCGGUGUCCAGCAUCCCCCCUGCCAAUGGCCCCCGGAGAGCCUCGCUCUUCCAGCAUGCUCUGCUCCGAGCGAGCAGCUCAUGGAGCAUCCUGGGAGGGGGUGUCCCCGAGUGCGGCCGCCUGGCUGGGGGAGGGCAGACCCAGGAACGUGCGCUCCUCUUUCCCACAUCUCCCCUUCCUUCCCGCCUGCUGAGUUUAGUUCUGAGUUUGAAGUCGACACCCACCAACCUGGAAGCAGCUGCCUUUCCCCGAGAGCCGCGCCCCUCAGGGCUGGACGGGCCGGGUGAUCCGUGCCCCUGCUCGCCCCCCCCCUCGGGAUGCCGCCGUUGCCCUCCUGCACAGGCCUGGCUGCCCCUCGGCUCAUGAGGCCGCGGAGUUGGUGCCCCCAGUUCUUUAACUUCGCCUGGAUUUACACUUUAAUAAAAAUGGUUGUGGGAAAAGGAA